AUCAGUUUCUGUGCAUUGCCUCUUGUCCUGAAGGCAUCGUGUCCUGAGAGCAUGUGCGCACCUCGUGUGUAACAAAAUCAUGGCAUGGACUAACUUUGUUAUGGAGGGGGAAUGACGGAGUGUGGGAAGGAAUAUAUAGAGGCUCGGCAGGGAGUGCUACACCUUUUCGCUGUACGAACACACCUGAAGAGCAAAAGCCGUCCUCAGAAGGUGUGUUUGUGUCCAUUCCUGCCCGUACAUCCGCUAAAGGUCUCCACCUGCUUGUAUAUAAUCCAGCAUCCAGCAGAGGAAAGUCGAGUGUUAAGGACAGUGCCUUUGCUAGCAGCUUGUCUCCCUCCAGACAAAUGUAAAAUUUUGGUUGGUCGACGUUUUAGUGAAGACAGGUAUCCUGAAUUAGCAACUGUGUGCAGGAAUCCCAAUACUCUAAUUUUAUAUCCUGGAGCUGAAGCAACCAAUUUGGAAGAAGUUGCAGUGAUGUCUCCUAGUUCAUCUGUUAUGAUCAUCAUUGAUGGAACAUGGAGCCAGGCUAAAGAUAUAUUUUACAAAAAUUCUCUCUUCCGUCUUCCCAAGCAGGUGCAGUUAAAAACCAAUCAUUCGAGUCAAUAUGUAAUUCGUACACAGCCAACAAACACCUGUCUGUCUACACUUGAAUGUGCAGCUGUUGCUCUUACUAUCAUGGAAAAGAAUAAGAGCAUACAAGAGACUAUACUCCAUCCACUUCAAGCUUUGUGCUCUUUCCAGCUUCAGCAUGGUGCCCAGAUCCAUCACAGCAAGGAACAUCUUCUCAAAAAUGGCUUAUAUGACAAGCCAAUGCCAAAGAAUAAACGCAAACUCAGAAGAAUGGAGCUUUUGGUGAAUAAUGUUAAAAUAUAAGAAAACUGUACUGACUGUGCAGUGGAAUUUAUUUGCAGCUCACAAAUGAAUAGGACUCUGGAUUUGAUCCAAAUGGUUCACUGUACUAUAAUAAAAGAACUUUUAGGCCUUCAUAGGAAAGAGUUUAUCUACCAACAUGACAAACAGUAAUGGACAAGCUUUUUCAUUUUUGCAGUAGGCCAGGUGCCUUUUUUCAGAUGAUGGAAGAUCAUUCUCAUUUCCUGGAAAGAACAGAAAGAAAACUCUGAGCAUAAUUUAGAGUUAUGCUAUCACUUGAGUGUCAAAUACGAUCCUCAAUAUGACUGGAUAAAUUUAUUUUCGGGAGGCUUUUAUCAGUACAAAAAGACAAGAAAUAUGAAUAUGAAUGUGAUGGGACAGUAAGGCUUCAGCAUUUAGAAUUAUAUUGAAUUUCUGCUGAGCUUUUUAGCUUCAGUAUCUGAUUACAGUAGGCUUUCAAACUGUAAUUCCUUAUAUUACUUGGUUCAGAUGAACAUAAGGCAUGGUAUUUGGAUAGUUCUUUUUAACUUUGAGAUUUUUAUUUCUUAUAUUGUUAGAACUCCUUUUUGUGAAUUUACAUAUAUUUUACAAUGCAGACAGGUUUUGUUUCUCUCAGACUUAAUUUUUAAAUUAAGCCUGCAUAUGUUUUUACCAGAAACUGAACAACUCCUACUUAAAAAAAAAAAAAAAAAAGGCAAUGUAGAAAAAUGAUUUUUGGAAUUUUAACUCAGGUGCUUCACUCUUACUUGAGUAAAAACUAAUCUUUUGCAAAUGGGGAGAUCUUGUAGAUAUGAAUAUAUCAUACCCGUAUCUUGACAUGCAAUGAUUAUGCUACUAAAGGAGUUAAACAAGUCCAAUGUAAAUGGCUCUGUAAGAAGUAUGAUGCAAUGACAAAUGAUUAUGUCUGGUUACAGCCUACUAACAGGAUUACAGAUCUUAGAUUUCAUGUGUUCUUUAGGUUUUCACUUCUUAUGGUGAUAGAUAACUGUACCUCUUUCUAAUGGGAAUUGCUGGAAGCAGAAGAAUUGGGUAUUUUCACAAGUUUUCUGAAAUAAUAUUCUAUGAUCUGGAGGAAAAAAACAGUGAAAUAAAGGGUCUGUUGAUCCUUUCUUCUUAUACAUAAAUACCUCCUUCAUAUAACAGAUUAAAUGCUUAAUGUUUGUCUUUACUGUCGGUCCCACUCUAGGUAACAACAUGGAGCUAAUUGGCUACUAAUUAACCUUAGAAAAAGAUGUUUUGUCUUUAAUUUAUGAGAUGCAAGGCAAGAAACUACAGAAUUGGGGGAUGUAAACACAACUAAUCAAUAUAUUAACUGAAAGCUUUUCUGCGAUUAACAGGAGAGGUCAAAAUUAGGUCAGAGAUUAGCUAAGAAGUUUUAGUUAACCCUGAGCUAAUAGUGACCUUUUAUUUAGGCAUGGAUAAACACUAUAAUUUGUCUGGAUAUGUUAGCAAAGUUUAUAUAACCUUUUUCUCUUCUCCCGGUCUAGAUAAAUCCGGUAUCUGUCGCUAUAUUCAGCAAAGCUGAAUUAGUUUUGACAAAUCUGAAGCAAACCAGUCUCAUAUGAUUAAUGAUAGUGUAGUUGCACUUUCGUUCACAUUGGAACAGAGAAAGGGCAUGUUUAUUCCUGUAACACACCAAUCUCCAGGCUAACUUGGAGUCUGAAGUUGCAAUCUCAUGCAAUUUGCUUGCGCAGCCUUGUGUGUGAUGCUGCCUCCAGUUCUGGGAUUGGCAUGACUCCUGCUGGGCUGGAAAUCUUCUUUCCCUGUGCUGUGGGAUGUGCUCAAUAACUCCUUAAGGAAACAAGGGUAUCAGUUAAGCUUUAUUGUUAAUGCCAUAUUUGCAUAUAUGGAUGAUGUUCACAUUUGAUGUUGUGUGUGUUAAUUUGAUUUACCUUAUUUUAGAUUCAUCUAGAACAGUGGUGUAUCUUUUGACCUACAUCGUGAAGAUUAUUUUCCUAAACAGAAGAUUAAAUGUGUCUUUACAUAAUAUGUGAGUUUAUAUUAUAGAAAACAGAAAGAAAUUUGUAUUACAGCCUGGAAUUCAGAGCCAUCUGCAAAAUGCCUUAGAAUUACAGGAUCAGAGAAAUAGUUGUCUUAAUUGAGUUAUAAUCCUACAUUAAAUGCUCCCAUGUGUGCAGUCUGUGCAGAGUUUUCAUGUUUUUCACCAAAGGACAAAUUCUGCACAGCUUACAAUAUGCACUUUUUAGCUUUGUUGAUUCCUCUUGCUCUUUUAAUUUUGCUCCCGUGGAUAACAGGAUUUGUAGGAUCUCAUGCUGGAUGCAUGGAAGCCUUUAAUUGCUAAUUUCCUGUGUUGUACGAUACUAGAUCAAUCACUAUGCAGCAGUUGCUGAAGAAAUUAAAACCAAUUCAUUGCAGACCUCCAGGCAUUUUAUUUUUGGAGCUUUUUUUGUGUGUCCUGGCUCAGCUAUAAUAUAGUGAACAUUUAGAUGCAACAGAGCAGUCACAUGAAGUUCAGUUUUAGGUUUGUUCGAAGCUAUUAAACACAAAACACAAUACUUUUUAAAACUUUUUUUGGUGGAACUUUCAUGAUUUUAAAAAUGUGCACAGUAUAAGAGAAAGAGUUUAGAAAGUUUGUUUUCAGGUCUUUUGGAUUCAAAAUUUGCCUAUAAAUACAUUACCUCAAAGAAAUGAAGUCCAAACUCUUUUGACUAAGUUGUGUGUGAUGAACCAGCACUCUUUGUAAGCAAUUCCAAUAGAAUGAAUUUAAUUUUCAGUUUUACUUUUGCUGUUAUGGUAGAUCUGUUUCAUUUUUCACUUUCCAAAAGAUUAAUGAAUGAAACCCACCAGUCUAACAAGAUAUUGAUUAAAAAAGAAGGAAUGUGUUUGCUUCUAAUAUUUGGUCCUUUGUCCUUGUCCACUUUGUACUUCCAAAUAUUGCUACCAAGAUGAAAUUUGCCUUCUGUGUGCCCCAGUGUUGUGCUUUAGAAAACUGGUGACAUGGAUAUUAGGCUUUUGAACAGGUAUAUAUAUUUUUCAAAGGUGGGCGUUGUUAAGUUGCCAUAUUUCUAUAUCUGUGAGACACAGUCUAAGAAAAAAUACAAAGCUAGAAAUCUUUUUAAGUAAGAACACACACCACAUCUCCUCUUUCGUUUAGAAAGCUUUCAUAUUAAGGAGGCACUUAGGACAAACAUAAAUGUAUUUUUCUUCAACAUUUUACUUUCAUUGCCUCAUAACCCCACACUACCAAUAAAUUACUAUUUUAUUAGGUUUUUUUUGAAAUAAAAAACAACCUGACUUCAAAAAGGGGAAACAUUAUUUUAAGACUGAGGAAUUUUUUCUCAACUGCUACAUUAGAUAAAAAAUUGCUUAUGCUGCAUUAUUUUGUACAACUUCCCUGCUUGUUUUAAAAUAUAAUUAAAAACUGAACGGUUUAAAAGGGA